AAUACCGAUCCCUCUGCCAACUAUCCCGCAAAAAUAACUAUCCCCUGUCCCGUCCUCCCCAAAUCGCCACAGCCAUGAUGUCGUCGCCGGCAGAUACCGCGCCGUCCUCCUCCUCUUCCGCGGCCGCUCCGCAGCCGCCGGCGCAGAAGAGUGGUCCGAAGGAGCGGCGGACGGAGUCGCUCGGAUGGCUGACGGAGUCGGCGGUGAUGCCGAAGAAGCACAAGGCCAUCGAGGGCGUCGGCGCCGCAUCCUUGCUCGACCUAAAGGCCCAGCUCUACCGCACCCAGGAGGAAGCUCGAAAUGCCGCCGCCCAUGACGCCACCGGCGAGUUCCGCCGCGCCAAGAAGCGCUCCGGCCCUGCUGACCCACUCGGCGCCAAGAACUCCGGCGUAGACGCACGUGCACACAAAGAUAAGUUGGAGCUGAAAGCUGUGAAAGAUGGUUCUGUGUGUUAUUCUGCCCUAGAAAAGAAGGCAGAGUUGUAUGAAAAAUUAUCAAGAGGCGAGCUACCUGAUGAAGAAGACAAAGAGAAAUAUUGUGUUGAUUUCUUCCAGAAAAGUUUUUAUCAAGUCAAUGAGCCUCGGCAGCCAGAUAGCCAUGCUGUCUCUGAGAACACAGAACCAGAAAAUGAGUGUGUUGAUUCUAUGCCAAAUGCCAAACCAAUGGGUCUUGGACGAACUGGUACAACAAUUGACCAAGAUGAGCACAAGCGCUUUGUCAGGGAGGUUCACGAGGAAGUGAGUGAGGCAAGGGAUAAGGCCUCUACAAUGAAAUCCCGGCGACAAGAGCAGGAUUGGGCUCGUAGAGAGAAACUCAGGCAAGCUUACCUCAAGAAACGCCUAGAGAAGUUGACUGCGGAAAAACAGGCAUCUUCAGCCAAUGAUGACCAACCAGCUAGCAGCUAGUGGAGAUUAUGUAUGUCAGGUAGCUGUGAGAAUUUUCUUUUACAAGUUAUCAGGUGUACUUGUGUUCAGAUAGCAGUUGUAGUUCAUAUGGUCAUGGUUCAUGCAAAUGAUCAUGAUAUAUUCUUUUGCAAUUGAAUCUCCUGACCUGGCGAAAUCAAAUUCAGAAAAUGGUCUUGGCAUGUACAGUUUGUCGUCACCAUAUUGUACAAAUUUAACGCAGUGCAGAGGCAGUUUGAGUUUUGA